CACUCGGCUCCUCUCGGGCGGAAUGUGAGCCGAGAGCCCCUGACGGCUGAGCGCGACAGACGCGUCAGUCGAGCCCUGGAUGCGGCUGGAGAUUGUUUACAUCUAGUCAAACAACUGUGAAGAAAAGUAUCCUGCUGCUGAAAUGGACACCGCCAAUCAGCUCGCGUCUGUGGGAACAUUUCAAGUGCUAAAAUUACCUCUGGGAUUUAUCCGUGUUCUUGAAUGGCUCUUUGCCAUCUUUGCGUUUGCCACGUGUGGGGGCUACUCCGGGCAGCUGCGGGUCAGCGUCGACUGCAUGGAGAAGGCCAGCAGCAACCUCAGCAUUGCCAUCGACUUUGCCUAUCCCUUCAGGUUGUACCAGAUGUCCUUCGAGGCGCCGAUGUGUGAGGCCACGAGGAGGGAGCGCGUGUACCUCGUUGGAGACUACUCGUCGUCCGCUGAGUUCUUCGUCACCAUUGCCGUCUUCGCUUUCCUGUACUCGCUCGUGGCCGCCGUCGUCUACAUUUUCUUUCAGAACAAGUACCGUGAAAACAGCCGAGGGCCGUUCAUCGACUUUGUAGUGACUGUGGUGUUCUCCUUCAUGUGGCUCGUCAGUUCCUCCGCGUGGGCAAAAGCUCUGUCUGAUGUGAAAGUGGCUACUGAUCCAGACGAGGUGCAGCUCCUCAUCUCCGCUUGCAAAGUCCAGACCAACAAGUGUGGCUCUCUGCACGGGCCUCGCUGGUCCGGACUCAACACCUCCGUGGUUUUUGGAUUCCUCAACUUUGUUCUGUGGGCUGGAAACAUCUGGUUUGUCUUCAAGGAGACCAGCUGGCACAAGGGAGCUUCCAGGUUAGCAGGCGGGGCCGCUGAGAAGCAGGGUGGCACCUUCAGCCAGCAGCCCUACAACCAGGGCAGCUUCGACACCCAGGGAAACUUCAGCCAGCCUUCCGAGUACAGCCAGGUCGGAGGACCCACCUCCUACUCUAAUCAAAUGUAGCCGUGCCUUUUCGUUUCGCGAGUGGCACCUCUGCAGUUUAUCCCAGGGCAACAACAAGGUAAUAGAGGAAAGUACAGCUCCCUGCUGUUUUCUGCUCAGUUUGUCAUCAGUUUGUUCGUGCAGACAACAAUCGAUGAAAGGCGUCAAAGUGCACCCAUUGUAGAUACCAGUAUUGUUUGUCGUUGUACAGAAUGAUUAGCUGUGGUCUUCGAAUCUUCUCUCUCAGAGGUGUCGUUUUUUUGAACAUUGUAUUCACUGUAGUCUGAAUCACAUUAGUGACAGGUUCCUUUUCUGUACUUGGUGACUGACGUUCACUGUUCCAACUGGAUUUCUUUUUCAAACUCGUUUGCACUCUGUUGUCAGAAGAAAAAGUGUUUGCCAAGUAUCUGCAGAUUUUGAAGCGCAUGGUGUUGUGUGUAUGUUUUAACGUGACUGUGAAACUACUGAAAAUGGCAUUUUGUCACUGGGUUUAUGAAAUUUGCACUGCCCUGAAUCAUUGCUGAAGGUUUAUCAGCAUUUUUACUUCUUAAAAAUCUGAACUGAAGUAUAUUUUCUUAAUAUGUUACCUGUAAUUAAGAUACAAAUACAGACGCUCUGUCUUUAGUUUUAUGGCAUAUAACCCAUGUCUGUUUAAAUAACUAAAGCAAUAAUUGCAUACUGCAAAGGUACAGCACAGUAAACAGCAUCGUAUGCAACCAUUGUAACAUUGCUUGCUUACAUGACUUUUCGCUGCUGUGUAUUCACAGGUACAAUCAUGUUAUGAAUUAGUUUAAUAAUGAAAAAGUUUACAAGUGUCCACCUCUGCUACAAAUGACUGUGACUGUCUAAACAUAGGUUAAACCACUGACACUGUUAAAAGCCAGCAACAGCGCCCUUCAACAUCCCAGCGAUGACAGGUGAAAAGUGGUCUCAUCUGUACAUAACUACUACUUAGUUUAUGAUCACUUUAACAACAGUUUAGGUUUGUAUAACUUUAAAUAAUCUGUGCAAUCCAUGUGAAUUACUGUAAUAACUGAUACAUGUUUACAUUCCUAUGACGUGUUCAGCCCUGUGUCUUGACCUCCUCAGCAUGUGGCUUGCGUCAGACUGACGAUCCAUGUUUGUGUAACAGUCUGACAUCCAUGAACAAUGUGUGUGGAUGAUAGGGGGAUGCAUCAAAUAAAGAAAGAAUGAUUUCUCCGCAGUUGAUACGAA